AUGGCUCCAGCCGAGUUGAAGCAAAAGACCAAGCGGACGACCGCUCGGUCUCCCUUCGAAAGCGCCGCCAUGAACCAGCAUCUCGACGAGGACAUUGAGAUGGGCGACGAGACGAGCUCCGACGAAGAGAGUAUUCCCGAGGCCGAUGAGUCGGAGAAGAAGCUGGAGCGCAUGCUUUUUGGUGAUGAUGCGGGCUUCAUGGGUGCGCUGAAGAGUCAACAGGAGCGCGCUGAUGCUAUGCAGCUUACGCUGUUCAGUGAUGAAGAGAGCGAGAGUGCUGAUGAGGGUGCUGCGGAUGAGGAGGGCGAUCUGGAUAACAUGGCUGAUGCGGAUCUCUUCUUCCUGGACUCUGGCGAUGCCCCCGCCCCGAAUGAGAUCACAGCUAUGGAGACUCCCUCCGACGAGGAUUCUGAGGGUGAAAUCCCUGCCGUAUGGCAUGACAGUGAUGAUGAGAGAAUUGCCGUGUCAUUAGCAGGCAAAGCCAGAUUGCGCAAGCUGCGCGUGACUGAGUCUGAAGAUGUCAUCAAUGGCACGGAAUACGUUCGGCGACUGCGCAGACAAUACCAGCGUCUGCACCCGACUCCCGAAUGGGCCAACCCAGAACUCGCGGCUAAACGCCGCAAGAUCAACGCCGAUGACUCCGAUGUCGACAGUGAUCAGGAAAUGGAAUCCGACGAGGAGGAGGAGCAAUUGUCCAUGCAGCCUCUCGCCAAACUCCUUCAGAACUCGACCAACCUGACCCGCAUUGAAGAUAAUGCUCGCUCAGGCGGAAAACGAAAGCUGAGACAGGAGGUGCUUGAUAUUCAACGAUUGAAGGACGUCGGCAAGGCGCAACCGUCUUCCGUCGACUCGCUCACUUUCCACCCUCACUACCCACUCUUGCUUUCCUCUGGUCCCGCAUCAACCCUCUUCCUCCACCAUAUCUCCCCAUCCGCACCAGCCCCGAACCCGCUCCUGACCUCCCUGCAUAUCAAACGCACGCCGAUUCACACCUCCGCAUUCGCCCCGCCAAGUGGUAACAAGAUAUUCGCCUCCGGCCGUCGCCGCUACUUCCACAUCUGGGACCUGGACACCGGUAAGGUCGACAAGGUCAACGGUACCGCAGACCGCAAAGAUGAACAAAAAUCCAUGGAGCGCUUCAAGCUCUCGCCCUGCGGUCGCUACGUCGGUCUGGUCGGCAGCUCCCGCAAGGGUGGCGGUGUCAUCAACGUCUUGGACUCCGGCACUGCACAGUGGAUCGCGCAGGUCCGCGUCGAUGGCCGUGGUGGUGUUGCUGACUUUGCUUGGUGGUCCGAUGGUGAGGGUAUGACUGUUGCCAGCAAGAAUGGUGAGGUCUCUGAGUGGGAUGGCAAGCAGCGUCGUGUGAUUGCUCGCUGGCUUGAUGCCGGUGCCGUUGGCACUACUGUUCUUAGUCUUGGUGGUCGCUCUGGCCGCACUCAGCUUGGUGGUGAUCGCUGGGUCGCUAUUGGGUCGUCGAGUGGUAUUACCAACGUCUACGAUCGCCGUGACUGGGCUACUGCUUAUGCGAAUGCUUCUGCCGCGGAGAAGGAGGGUACCCAAGCUGGUGUCCCCCGUAACCCGGAGCCGGUCCGCGUCUUGGACCAGCUUACUACCCCCAUUAGCCACUUGGUCUUUGCGCCUGACGGCCAGAUGCUGGUUAUGGCCAGUCGCUGGAAGCGUGAUGCUCUGCGUCUUGUUCAUCUCCCAUCCUGCACCGUCUACCGCAACUGGCCUACCUCCAACACGCCCUUGGGUCGUAUCUCAUCUGUUGCCAUCUCGCCCAACUCCGAGCAGUUGGCCGUGGGCAACGAGCAAGGUCGUGUUCGACUCUGGGAGAUCAGAGGAUAG